ACCUAACUCCUUUUUCGGCCCAAAACACGAUGCUUUUUUGCUUCCCUUUUAAUCACCUUCCACUCCCUUCUCACCAAAUUUACCACCAUCUGCGCCUUAUAUCUCUUACCCACCCACUACUCUGUUUCUGUCCAAAUAUAAUACAAGUCAUCAAAAGCUUCAGAGCUGGCUGAGUUUAGUGUCUACAAGAGCAAGCUUUUGGGAGAAAUUUUUUGUGUUGGAUCAGAUCUUAACUGGGAAUCCAAUGGUGGAAGUAUUUCAGAGAAACAAAACUGAGAGAAAGAGAAAGCAGUCAUAGUCACAACUGAUUCUCUACUCUGUACGUAUGAAAAUACAGAAAAGAAACCCACUUUGGAGGCAAUAAGAUAAGCGCGCUUAGCUUUUGGGGUGGAGGCCCUGGAGGGUGGUAGUAGAUCACGCGAGCGAGGAAUGGCGUCGGCUUUGGCGGGAGAUGAUCUCAUCCGGUCGACGAGCAGCCGGAGAAGCUGGGCGUCUACUAGCUUCCGGGAGGUAUGGACGGCUCCGCCGGACGUGUUCAACCGGAGCGGCAGGCAGGAGAGUGAUGAGGAGGAGCUCCGGUGGGCCGCCAUCGAAAGGCUACCGACCUACGAUCGGCUCAGGAAGGGUAUGCUGACGCAGGUUCUUGAAAAUGGAAGGGUUGUGCACGACGAGGUCGACAUGACAAGGCUCGGGAUCCAGGAUAAGAACCGGUUGAUGGAGAGUAUACUCAAGGUUGUCGAGGAGGACAACGAAAAGUUCCUUAGGAGACUCAGGGACAGGACUGACAGGGUGUCGAUUGAGAUUCCUAAGAUUGAAGUUCGGUAUGAGCAUUUGUCUGUGGAAGGGGAUGUGUAUGUUGGGAGCCGAGCGCUCCCUACUUUGCUUAAUGUUACCUUGAACACAAUUCAGAGUAUUCUCGGAUGGGUUCACCUUGCUCCAUCCAAGAAGAGAAAAAUCCAGAUACUUAACGAUAUUAGUGGAAUCGUCAAACCAUCAAGGAUGACUCUGCUUCUGGGUCCUCCAGGUGCAGGGAAAACAACACUGUUGCUGGCGCUUGCCGGGAAGCUCGACAGGGAUCUAAGGGCAUCUGGGAAAGUCACCUACUGUGGUCACGAAUUGAAUGAAUUUGUUCCUCAACGAACCUGUGCUUAUAUCAGCCAACAAGAUCUUCACCAUGGAGAAAUGACAGUGAGAGAGACACUGGAUUUCUCGGGACGCUGUCUAGGGGUUGGCACAAGAUACGAAAUGUUGGCGGAACUCUCAAGAAGAGAGAGAGAAGCGGGAAUUAAGCCGGAUCCUGAGAUUGAUGCAUUCAUGAAGGCCACAGCAAUGUCAGGCCAAAAGACUAGUUUGGUUACAGAUUAUAUUCUCAAGAUACUUGGACUGGAUAUUUGUGCGGAUAUUAUGGUUGGAGAUGACAUGAGGAGGGGUAUCUCCGGCGGACAGAAGAAGCGUCUGACAACUGGGGAGAUGUUGGCAGGACCAGCAAAGGCUCUUUUUAUGGAUGAGAUAUCAACGGGGUUGGACAGUUCUACCACUUUCCAGAUAUGCAAGUUCAUGAGGCAAAUGGUUCAUAUAAUGGAAGUGACUAUGGUCAUUUCUCUUCUACAGCCAGCACCAGAGACAUUUGAUCUUUUUGAUGAACUCAUCUUACUUUCGGAAGGCCAGGUUGUCUACCAAGGUCCAAGAGAAAACGUCCUCGAGUUCUUUGAAUACAUGGGUUUCAAAUGCCCAGAAAGGAAAGGGAUUGCUGACUUCUUGCAAGAAGUAACCUCCAAGAAGGAUCAAGAACAAUAUUGGUUCAAGAAGAACCAACCAUACAGAUACUUCUCGGUUCCCGAAUUUGCACAGGCCUUCAGCUCUUUCCACAUUGGCCAACAGCUUGCAACUGAUCUUAGUGUUCCUUAUGACAGAUCUAGAGCCCACCCAGCUGCUCUGGUGACAGAGAAGUAUGGUAUUUCAAAUAUGGAACUAUUCAAGGCUUGCUUUUCAAGGGAGUGGCUGCUAAUGAAGCGUAAUUCUUUUGUGUACAUAUUCAAGACUACCCAGAUAACAAUCAUGUCCAUAAUUGCCUUUACAGUUUUCUUUAGGACCGAAAUGUCAGUUGGAACUGUAACAGAUGGAGGAAAAUUUUUUGGAGCACUAUUUUUCAGUCUGAUUAAUGUGAUGUUCAAUGGGAUGGCAGAAUUGGCAAUGACUGUUUUCAGGCUUCCUGUCUUCUAUAAACAGAGGGAUUUCUUGUUCUAUCCUGCAUGGGCUUUUGGCUUACCUAUUUGGGUCCUUCGGAUCCCUCUGUCAUUGAUGGAAUCAGCAAUAUGGAUCAUUCUUACAUACUACACAAUUGGAUUUGCUCCGGCUGCUAGCAGGUUUUUCCGACAGUUCUUGGCAUUCUUUGGAAUACAUCAAAUGGCAUUGUCUCUCUUUCGGUUCAUUGCUGCACUUGGAAGAACUCAAGUUGUUGCAAAUAUGCUGGGUACCUUCACCUUGCUAAUGGUUUUUGUGCUUGGAGGGUUCAUUGUUUCCAGAAAUGACAUUGAACCAUGGAUGAUAUGGGGCUAUUAUAUUUCUCCUAUGAUGUAUGGACAGAAUGCCAUAGUUAUGAAUGAAUUUCUUGAUAAAAGAUGGAGCACACCAAAUACAGACCGCAGUAUUGAUGCAGCUACAGUUGGAGAAGUCCUUCUCAAGUCCAGAGGCUUCUUUACUAAUGAUUAUUGGUUUUGGAUUUGUAUUGGAGCACUUUUUGGAUUCUCACUUCUCUUCAACCUGUUAUUUAUUGCAGCAUUGACUUUCCUGAAUCCGUGGGGUGAUUCAAAAGCUGUCAUUGUGGAUGAAGAAAAUGACAAGAAGAAUAAGAAGUCAUCCUCCGGACAGCAUAGAACAGAAGGUAUUGAUAUGGCUGUGAGAAGUUCUUCAGAAAUUGUUGGUGCCUCAGAUAAUUCCCCAAGAAGAGGAAUGGUUUUGCCCUUCCAACCCCAUUCACUUGCGUUUAACCAUGUGAACUACUACGUGGAUAUGCCUGCUGAAAUGAAGGGUCAAGGGAUUGAAGAAGAUCGUCUUCAAUUGUUAAGAGAUGUUAGCGGUGCUUUCAGACCAGGGAUAUUGACGGCACUUGUCGGUGUCACUGGUGCUGGGAAGACGACCCUUAUGGACGUGUUGGCAGGAAGAAAGACUGGUGGAUACACUGAUGGAACCAUUAGCAUCUCUGGUUAUCCUAAAAACCAAGCAACAUUUGCCCGGGUUAGCGGUUACUGUGAACAGAAUGACAUUCAUUCACCAAAUGUUACUAUUUAUGAAUCUGUUCUAUAUUCAGCUUGGCUCCGUCUCUCUUCAGAUGUAAAGACAGAAGCACGAAAGAUGUUUGUAGAAGAAGUUAUGGAAUUGGUUGAGCUUAAACCAAUAAGAAAUGCGCUAGUCGGCCUUCCAGGAGUAGAUGGUCUUUCAACAGAACAAAGGAAGAGGCUAACAAUAGCUGUGGAGCUGGUUGCUAACCCUUCUAUCAUAUUCAUGGAUGAACCAACAUCUGGUCUGGAUGCCAGAUCUGCUGCUAUUGUUAUGCGUGCAGUGAGAAAUACAGUGGAUACUGGGAGAACUGUUGUAUGCACAAUCCACCAGCCUAGCAUAGACAUUUUUGAAGCUUUUGAUGAGUUGCUACUGAUGAAAAGAGGAGGACAAGUCAUUUAUGUUGGACCUCUUGGUCGCCAUUCUCACAAUUUAAUUGAAUAUUUUGAAGCUGUUCAAGGAGUGCCUAAGAUAAAGGAUGGUUAUAACCCUGCUACAUGGAUGCUUGAAGUCACCGCUCCUACAGUUGAGACUCAAAUUGAUGUUGAUUUUGCAGAAAUUUAUGCCAACUCCUCACUUUAUCAGAGGAAUCAGGAACUCAUCAAAGCUCUAAGUUCUCCAGCCCCAGGCUCCAAGAACCUCUAUUUCCCAACCAAGUACUCCCAACCUUUUCAUGUUCAGUGCAAAGCUUGUUUCUGGAAACAGCAUUGGUCUUAUUGGAGAAACCCUCAGUACAAUGCCAAUCGGUUCUUCAUGACAAUUGUCGUUGGCACAUUGUUUGGUCUCAUCUUCUGGAACAAAGGACAAAAGACAGGCAAACAACAAGAUUUGAUCAAUCUUUUAGGAGCCAUGUACGCUGCAGUGCUUUUCCUUGGAGCCACCAAUGCUUCCGCAGUGCAGCCUGUUGUUGCCAUUGAAAGAACAGUUUUCUACCGUGAAAGAGCAGCCGGAAUGUAUUCUGCUCUGCCUUAUGCAUUCGCUCAGGUGGCCAUAGAGACAAUAUAUGUUGCAAUUCAAACUUUUAUUUACACUCUUCUUCUUUACUCUAUGAUUGGGUUUGAGUGGAAGACAGGCAAAUUCUUGUGGUUCUACUACUACAUAUUCAUGUGUUUUGUCUACUUCACAAUGUACGGAAUGAUGGUUGUUGCACUGACACCAGGCCACCAAAUUGCCGCCAUUUGUAUGUCGUUCUUCCUGAGUUUCUGGAACUUGUUCUCUGGUUUUCUCAUUCCCAGGCCGCAAAUCCCUAUUUGGUGGAGGUGGUAUUAUUGGGCUUCUCCAGUGGCUUGGACACUAUAUGGCCUUGUGACCUCUCAAGUGGGCGACAAAAAUGCUGUCCUUGAGGUACCUGGAAUUGGUAACGUGCCACUGAAGUUAUUCCUUAAAGGGGGCUGGGGUUUUGAGUAUGACUUCCUUCCAUACGUUGCCGCGGCCCAUGUCGUCUGGGUUUUUAUCUUCUUCUUUGUCUUUGCCUAUGGCAUCAAGUUCUUCAACUUCCAAAGGAGAUAGCAAGCUUCACUGUAGUCUCACAACUAUAUAUACAUUAGGAAAGCAACUGUGUAGCAAUAAUGUACUGGGAAACAAAACCAGUUAACUUCUUUUUUAUUUUCUUUUGUGUAAUUUUUUCUUCUUGUAUUUUUAUUCUUUUACUCCUGCUUCUCCAUAAAAGCCGGCUAUAUUGUCCUGCAGAAAAGCAAAAUGCUUUGAUAUAAUUCAAUGAAAUGUUUUCUGCUUAA